CCCCCCUUCUCUUGCACCCCAAAACCCACCUCCUCCCUGUUCCUUCUUUUUCCCUGUCUGGAUGCGGACACACGGCGCACCCGAGCAUACAUCGUCAGUCCGCCUCCAUGGCCUAUCUUUCCCCUUCUCCUUAUAAGGCCCAGUGCGUACGAGCUUGAGUCUGGGCUCCGUACCCUUUUCUAUCGUAGCACUAGUUCCCCUUUCACCCGACUUCUUCCUCCGGCGAGUGUGCCCGCGUGGAUUUAUACGCUCCUACCCGCCGUUGGACAAUCACUUGCCCGGGUCUCCAUGGACAUUUUGUUUUCACACUACGCCGUCGGGGGCCUGCCCAAGUCGGCGAUGGCGGAGGUUGAACGGCGAACGCAGGAUUUGCUCGGAUCCAGCAGUUUCCAGCGGAUGCUGGAGCUGGAGAAGAAGUACAAGAACGAGCGAGCGCGAGCCUCACAUCCCCUCCUCCCCUCAUCUCAGUCUCAACCUUCAACCGGACUUAGAAGCGGCCCACCUCCUCGACCUGCCCGCCCUGCCUCUUCCUUUCCGCAAGAGCAGUUCCUCAUGGUCAACGCAACGAGACACUCGGUCAUUCCGCAUUCACUAUCUAUCACUAUCCCUCAGGCCGCCGACGACCAAAGGCGGAACCGGCAAAGCGAACGGGAAGUCAAGGAGGUCGACAACGAGUCCACAGAUAGCGGCACCCCGACAAAUAGUGAGCCGUCUCAGAAGCAGGUCAAGUUUCUCGCUCCAGAAAACGGAGGCAAGAAGGAAGAGGAGGACGAGGAAGAGAAACAGGAGGAGCAAGAGGAGGAGGAGGAGGAGGACGACGACGACGAGAGGUCGGAGCAGUCGUCGAUUUGCCAGUCCCCCAGCUGGGAGGGCUACGGCCAGAGAAAGAAGGACAAGAAACUCGAGGCCGAGCGUCGAAAAAGAGAAAAGGAACGUGCUGAGAAGGAGGCCAAAGCUGCAAGGAAACGGAACACGGCAAGGCUAAGCAAAGCGCCGCCGCCGCGGCCGCCAGUGGCAACCGACCAGGAAUCCCGGCCUUUCGCGUUAACUGCUGCAGAUCGCUCAAUGUCAGAUCCGCUGUUGGUCAGCCGGGGCGGACAGCAGAGUGCUCAGUCCCUUCAUCGGCCAGAAGAGGUUUCGAAAAUGACGGUCACUGCUGGUGACGCUCAACAAAGCCAGCGGCAUCGGCCCGGUGACAACGGACCACCCCAGCAACAGGGGAUACGCAGAUCCGUUUCGGAAGGACCAACGGUUUCCAUCCAGCAGGCCGUCCCAGCAGUUCAUUCGCAACAUGAAAGUCGGUCCGCGCACGAUGCCUUUCCACAAUCAGCCUCGAGAACCCCAAGGCUGCGCCGCACGUCCCCUUCAGGAAUCCGAAGCAACUCUUUGUCGCAGGGGGCAACGAGUGCCAACCACUCGCAGGAGACGCUGACUGGGACUCCAGGCGCCGAAGGGGCUCGCCGCAACGGCUAUGUGCUCCAGCAAAGAGCACAGGCCGCGGAACGGGCUAUGGCCGGGUUCAUGGACGAGCAACUGUUCGUCAAGAUUGCUCAAUACUAUCCGCCAUCGGGCCCAAGUUCCGGACAGUCUCAGCACGCGAGGCGCUCAUCUCUGACACAGGAAGCAAAGUCCGCCGCACUGAAGCUCGUGGGGAUGAAGCCACCCUCAACUUCAGCCAGGAGUGCUCUCGGAGAGGCCGAUCCCUUGACCUUUAAGGCGAUUCCGUACUCUUCUAGCAUAAAAACAUCGACGCCAACAGAGGGUGUGUCCAAGUCUUCCAGUGGAGUCGACAGCUCCCCUCGCCAGCACGAUCGCGAGCAACCUCCGAACUCCAGGGCGGCUGUUCCACGAGGAAUGACUGACUCUGCAGCCCUCGAAAGGCCUUCACCUUCUCGAAACUCGAUUAAUUCGCACGAUAUUCCAACGGCCGGUUUCGACCUCGGCGGUCACGGCAAGACAAGCCAGAACUCGAACGACUUUGCCGCUGCGGCAAUGGCCGGGUCCAACGGGCAGCAUCAGCCCGUGGAAGGCUUAAAACCAUCUGUUCCUUUGCCGCCAUACUACAGGCUGCGCGCUCUUAUGCAGUCGCGCGCAGAGAAAAAGACGUCUCAGGCGGUCGUUAAAGUGGCCUCGGAGUCUGCUGCUUCAGCUCCAGGAGCAGCAGUGUCGGAUGCUGAUCGAGCAAAGUCGGUCGAGACGAGGCCAAAUGAGAGCCCCCCGGCGUCUGAGGGUUCCUCGUCAUCAUCCGCCUUCGAGGAUGGUUCGCAGAGCCCGUCACCAACGAUGACACCAGACACCUCGCGACCACAGUCAGCAAAGGAUGUUCUAGUAUCCAGGAGUGAGCGUGCCAAAGAGAGCACCGAGCGUCCCGGAUCCCGCGACGACGAAAGGACACUGCGCCAGUCUUUGAAGUCGAGCAAGUCGAGCAUACCCCGUGCCGCCAACUCGGAAACGCGCCGAAGUAUUCAGGCGGAGAAGGAUGACCUGUGUAGCAGAACGGCAUUGCUCAUCGACACCGACUGUGAUACGCAGUCGUUCGUGACUAUUGUUUCCAACCUGGAUAAGUUGGAUGGAACCGAGCCGGAACCUUGGAGGAACACACCACGAUGUCGGGCGGAAGUUCAGCAGCGGGUGGAGGCCCUCAAGCCGGUAUCUAGGGCCAAUAACAAGGUCCGAGAUGCCGAGCCCACAAUAUCGCCGCCCCCGCGGUCUGCGAAACGGAGCGUGAGCUCAGCCAACGGGCCACCAGCCGCGUCUUCUAUCUCGUCGGAGGAGCGUCGAGAGGGUGAUGGGACAGCGCGAGGCCGGGUGAGAGCAUCUCAAGAUGGCGUGAGUGCGCCGCGGAGCAAGGACUCGCCGAGGUCGACGGGAACAAGACAUCGAGUGAAGAUGACUGAGGAAGAAAGCGACAAGAGGAGGAGAGGUGCCGCGGAAAGGCAUCAGCAGGAUGUUCAACCCAAGCAAAAAGGUCCGCGGGUGUCGGAAGCGGUGUCGGAUCUGAGAAGGCAGAUGGAUGAGGAUGAAGGCUGGUUUGCGCGUGGUCGUGCGCAGCGCGCCGAGUGGGUGCCCAGCUCGGUCUCGUCGACGAGCUCCGCGGUUGCAUCUGCCGGGUCUGUCUCUCCGGAUGCUCCCACUCCGGACUAUCAGCCGCCCAGCAACCCUUACUUUGCCGACCUCUCCGAGGCCGUCAAGGCGCAUCCGAUCCUGGGCGACAUGUCGGCCUCGAUCGGGCCCCCAUCUCCCAUCUCGCUGCCGAGCCCGCUCCACCAAGUGCCCGCGAGGCCGCCGGCACAGAACCGGGCAGACUCGGCACCGGGCCCCUCGCUGACGUCCAACUCCACCUCGAGAGCCUCGACGCCGUCGAGCCGGCCAUCCGGGGGGGCGGCAGCCGCGGCGCCGGUCUCGAUCCUGAAGCAGCCCAAGUCGGCGGCGGCGUCGGACCGGCCGGCGGUGCUCUCGGCGCUUCCGAAGCACAUGCAGCUGCAGGCGGGCGCGGCGGCGGCGGCGGCGCCGAUCGCCAAGAUCUUUGUCGAGUGCUGCAGCUGUAAGUUCUACCACGACAUGCCGUCCAAGCUGUACGAGUGCAUGGCCAAGCCGGACGCCGUGGUGGAGGACAAGCUGCUGGGCAUCUCGGGGGCCAUCACGACCAUGGUCAAGUGCCCGUGGUGUCAGCAUAACAUGAGCCGGGCCUGCUGCGCCGGGUACGCGGCGGUCGUGUACCUCAAAGAGAAGCUGCACUAAUCGGACCCUUCCAUCCUCAUCUUCACCGACAUUGUCAUCGAGGAGUGGAGUGGUAGUAGCGGUUUGCGCCUCUUUUUUCUUUUUUUUCCGUUUUUUUUUUCCCGUACGAUGUUGGAGGGAGGGAGAAGGGGCGGUAAUUUCAUGAAGGCGAGGAAGGUUUGAUUGAGAUUGCAGGCAUCUUUUUUCAUCGUCAUCAUAGGGGUGGCCCAAGUGUGACGAGCAGUUUGCUCACCGAGUGCCUU